AUGACGCUGCCCAAGAAAUCAACUCUGAGGAAGGGCACCCUCCAUCACAAAACCCUUUUACGUCGUAGAACCAAUAUUCUCGGAUCGGCGGAACUGAUUCAGAUCUUUAAUGAUGAGUAUGAUGUAACGCAAGUCAAUCAGGUAGCGAUUAGAAUAGAGCGACUAGAUGAGCUCUGGGAAAAGUUUGAAGAUGUCCAAGAUGAAAUCGAAGUAAUCGAGGACGAGCAACAAGAGUUUUCGGAAACUCGCCAGCAGUUUCAAAACCAUUACUUCGAACUGAAGGCAGCCCUUGUUGGCAAACUCCCUCAACGCGACCCAGCACCAAUCUUAAGACCAUCGUCGUCCCUACCCCCUGCUCCUCAAACCAUCUCCGUAAAACUUCCAGAACUCAAAAUACCGGAAUUCCGUGGGAACCCCGAAGAGUGGAUAGAGUUUCAUGAUUUAUUCAAAUCCGUCAUUCAUGGUAAUACUCAACUGUCGAACGUUCAAAAACUCCACUACUUGCGUAGUUCUCUCAAGGGUGAAGCUUCUCGCUUGAUAUCAUCUCUUUCAAUCACUUCAGACAACUACUUGAUCGCUUGGAAGAUCGUAUGCGACCGUUAUGAGAAUACGAACUUCCUUAUCAAACAGCACAUGUCUGCCAUCUUGAAAAUUGGUUCCAUCAAGAAGGAGUCGGCAACUGCACUGGCUGAGCUUGCUGACGAGUUCAAUCAUCACGUCGGAAUUCUCAACAAGCUCGAGGAAGAAAAUGCUCAUUGGAACUCCUUUUUAGUUGAACGCCUUAGUAGUCUAUUAGACGAGAAAUCACUGAUGGAUUGGGAGACUCAGUGUAAGGAGGAAGAAACACCGACAUAUGAAGAUCUCUUCGAGUUUAUUCACAAAAGGUCACGCACACUGCAGAAAUGUAAAUCUGCGUAUAAUCCAACUGGUAGUGUGCAUAUGAAAUCGUCCAAGCGCAAAACUUCCUCCUCUCCCGUUGCCUCUGAAAAUGUAACAAAGUGUCUGAGUUGCAAACAAGCACAUUCCUUGAUCCAGUGUGAGGCAUUCCUAACGUUGUCACCUAACAGCCGGCUUGAUUUUGCCAAACGACAUCGCUUGUGCAUCAAUUGUUUACGAGGUGGACAUAUCGCAAAGGAUUGCCGUAGUAGCAUGUGUCGAACCUGCGGAAAGAAGCAUCACAGCAUGCUCCAUCUUCCACCGUUAACGUCAGCUUCGUCGGUCGUUGAUGUAUCGAAUGAUGUGCAAUAUCCCAGCACUUCCCAGGCGUGUACAGUCAUCUGUCGUGCACCAUCUACCACCACUCAAACAGAGAUCUCGCAUUCGGUCACGGAUACACCACCGGUGGUGUUAGCGCGUUCGUUACCCCAGGCAAGUGCGUCGGUCUUGGGAAACAAUCCGUCGUCUGUCGUUACGGUCGAAAAGCCCCCCUCUGCGUCGUCGGUAGUUCCGUCCGGCAAUCUCGAAUCUGAACAUUGCUUUCAAGAACCAGCCACCUCACUGACACAAUCGAGCAACGUUCGUGAAAGCACCAUAUUCCUAUCAACCGCUGUUAUUCGAGUUCGCGAUGUAAAUGACACCUAUCACUUUGCGCGGGCUCUGCUGGACAGUGGCUCACAGUCAAAUUUUGUUUCGGAAUCAAUGUGCCAGAAACUUGGUCUAAAGCGCACCCGCAUCAACCUUCCUGUCAGUGGAAUCGGACAAGCAACCGUAAACGUUCAUUAUAAAGUAAAUGUUACGUUUGCAUCUCGUUUCGGGGGUUUCGAACAACAGCUCGAAUGCCUAGUGUUACCCCGAUUAACAAAAACAGUAUUAGGAUACGUCGUCUCUGGGAAGGCUACAACCCAGGCUUUCGAGACGGUGGUGUGCCACGUGACCACGAACCAAGAUCUCAACUCCCAGCUCGAACGAUUGUGGGAGGUUGAGGAUUUCGACGUAGGAAAGACUCUGACACAAGAGGAACAGUACGUCGAAGACCAUUUCAAUCGCACCGUGUCACGGGAUGAAAGUGGACGUUAUGUGGUGCGAUUACCAUUUAGAGAAUCUCUGAUUUCACUACUGGGUGAUUCCUGCAAGUCGGCGCUAAAUCGCUUUUCAUUGAUGGAGAAACGGUUCGCCAAGGACAACGAGCUACGAGACGAGUAUAAUAAGUUCAUGGAGGACUACAUACGGCUAGGGCAUAUGGGACAGCAGCAGUUGCAGUCGACGAUUCCAUCUUCGAACGGUAUUCCGAGCUGGGAAAGCUGCUGA